GGAUUUCAAGUUGAAGACACAAAUUCUCGAAAGGUGGACAAAAAUGACUCAUAUCUUCGCAUUCUAAGCAAUUUAGUUAUUGAUGCAUGUGGAUUGCACAAAUUGAUUGCUAGGACACAACUUAAACCGGAAGACACAUAAUUUGUCCCACGGAAACAGGAAUUACAGUCGAAACACUGAGCGUGAAAAAAAUUUCAAUAAUCACAAGUUUGCCGCCCACUCAACAGUUACAUGAUGAAAAUAACUUGAUGAUAUCAUCUUGAUCCCUUAUCUAUACCAAAGAGUAAAAACAGCCAGAUCUUGUGACCAAGAGGUCCAACUAAGGAAGAUGGAUGGUUCUGUUCCCUCACCCAUGUCAGACACUUCUGAUGUUGCUACAGACAAGCCAUACAUCACAACAACUAUGACUAUACGCACCAGAGGUAUGGAUGCUAACAUAACACUGUGGCAGUUUUUACUUGAACUGUUGCUAAGCAACCAGCAUGAUGACAUCAUCCAAUGGACGCUUAAUGAGGGUGAAUUUAAGUUGAUCAAUGCUGAAGAGGUAGCCAAGCAGUGGGGCCUCCGUAAAAACAAAAACAACAUGAACUAUGAUAAACUGAGUCGAGCUCUUCGUUACUACUAUGACAAAAAUAUCAUUAAGAAAGUGAUGGGCCAAAAAUUUGUGUAUCGGUUUGUAUCAUUCCCCGAAGUGAUCAAAACUGAGAAUAAAAUCCCUUUCAAACAGAAGAUGGAGAGCAUCCAGCAGGAACAGAGAAAUCUUCAGGCUGCUACAGCUCCUGUGCCUGGCUUCUUGUCGUUUAAGCCAUAUCAAGUGAAAGGAAUCCCACCUGCAAAGACAUGCAAUUCUAGUGGCAUUCCAGAGAGCAUGACAUCACAUUGGACUCUACCUAAGACUUCCACUCAGGUGAAACACACUCAAUCAGAACAGCUUAUAUCCCAAGCUCAAGCACUCAUGCCAAAAGUCGAGCCAAAAUGGACUGCUGCUCCUGUACAGCAGCCAAAUCAAGACAAUAUGACAGUGCCCCCUAUAUUUAAUCAUACAUUCAAGCUGGAGCCAAUGCCAGAUGACUCAAUUCCAAGAAUACUUAUGUCUGAUGGAACAUUCAUGUCUCAACUUGAACAGCCUCAAUUUGAAACAUCUCAGCAAAUGUUGACAGAGUCGACUGGGUUUACUCUGUUACGCAAUGGUGCUAGUUCACAGUUAGCUCCUCCACAUACUGGUAUACCCAAUGUUACUAUAGACUUGGUACAAUCUGCUAGUCCCAAACAUGAGAUACAACAAGUGCAAGAGAUAAAUAGAUUGAAUUAUGUUUCCCAAGCUAGUCAAAUGCAACAAAGUCCUUCUCUCUCACAGGGACAACAUAGUCCUGCUCUCCAACACAAGUUACAUAACCCUGCUCCCCCACAAAGACAACAUAGUCCUGCUCCCCCACAAAUGCAACAUAGUCCUGCUCCCCCACUAAUGCAACAUAGUCCUGCUCCCCCACAAAUGCAACAUAGUCCUGCUCCCCCGCAAAGGCAACAUAGUCCUGCUCCCCCGCAAAGGCAACAUAGUCCUGCUCCCCCACAAAGGGAACAUAGUCCUGCUCCCCCACAAAGGCAACAUAGUCCUGCUCCCCCACAAAGGCAAUAUAGUCCUGCUCCCCCACAAAGACAACAUAGUCCUGCUCCCCCACAAAGGCAACAUAGUCCUGCUCCCUCACAAAGGCAACAUAGCCCUGCUCCCCCACAAAGGCAACAUAGCCCUGCUCCCCCACAAAGGCAACAUAGUCCUGCUCCCCCACAAAGGCAACACAGUCCUGCUCCCCCACAAAGGCAACAUAGUCCAGCUCCCUCUCAAAGACACAGUCCCCGCCCAAAUCAUAGACAUAGUCCUUAUCCCCAACAAAGACAACAUAGUCCUCACCCCCAGCAAAUGCAACCUACCCCUAGUCCUCUAUCUAAUCCAUUAUCCCAGGGCACUAGCACAACAAUCACAAGUACUACAAGCAAACCUAAGCCAAUCCCUAUUCCAAUCUCAAAUAUUGGGUCUGGCCCACUUCCUAGUCCUAAGAUUAACACACUUGCACCUCCAGGAUUUGCUAUGUCCACGUUACCAGUGCCCAGUCCCAAAUUUCCCUCAUUAUCCACACCAAUCCUGCUAACAAGCCCUUCUCCCUUGACCCACCAGCGCACACCAAUCAUGCCCCUCCACUUCUGGAGUUCACUCAGCCCUCUCAUCACCCUAAGUCCCCGCAUCAGCAUCAACAACACUACUGCACAACAAUUCCAAUUCCCUGGCAACUAUCUGUCCAAUCAUGUUGCAUUUUCUCCCAUGGCGACUGGUGUUCCGACCUUCACAAACCUUGAGAGUUUGAACUCACCCGUGUUUGUCACUUCGCCUACUAAAUCUAUACCUGUGCAACAGUGA